AUGCCAGUUGGCAACUUUUCUCAGAAAACUCUGGAAAUGGAGAGCUUUCACACGAAGUUCAGUGCCUGGACACCUUUUAACAAUAAGUCUUUAAAUAAACAGCUCUUUCAGGAAAGAGUGGCUCUCAUAAGUCAUUGGUUUGACCUCUGGACCAACAAGCAACGGCAAGAAUUCUUAUUCACGAUUUUUUUACGAUGCUCUAAAUCACAAUUAAGGUUCAUCCAAGACUGGUUUUCAGAAUGGAAGCAGGUGGCCAGAGUGGAUUUCUCUACAGUGUUGCCUCGUUCCAUUACUCUUUAUAUCUUUUCCUUUCUGAAUCCAAAAGACUUGUGUGCAGCUGCUCAAGUCAGCUGGCCCUGGAAGUUUUUAACUGAACAGGAUUGCUUAUGGAUGCCCAAAUGCAUUAAGCUUGGAUGGUUUCUGCCCUACACUCCAGCGCAGAACGAAUACGGAGCUUGGAAGCGCCAUUAUAUUGCUUGUGUGUCCAACUUGGAUUGGCUAACGCCCAGGGAAGCAGCUGCUGUUUAUGGGACAUUGAAUGAACCCAAAAGAGAGGAUGAGGAGCUCCAGGAGAGGCAAAGAGAAAAGUGCCUGAGGAAAAUAAUUUGGGAGAAAAUUGCAUUUCAUAAGAAAGAGUUAUUCAAAGCUCGACCCCCUUGGGUGAGUGGAACAUGCUGCUCCAGAUCGCUGAAACCCCCAUGCCAGCCGCAUCUCUCUCAGACGUGGAGAGCAGAGUUCUAUGGAGCUUUGGAGAAACGGCUUGUUCUGGCAUCCUUAGAAGCUUUGCCCAAGAGAAGCAAUGUCUCUGGAAGCCACUCCUACCCUUUAUUAUUAAAGCGAAAUCAUCGAGGGGGUUUUAAAACUGAUGGCACCUCUCAUUGUGCUUCAACACUGCACGUCAUGCUGAUAUCAUCGAGGAUCCCAGCAUACGAGAUGGUGGUGGAGGGUGUUAAGGCAGGUGUCACGGCUAUGGUGUAUGAACACAGUGGUGUGACCUUGGAGGGCCUGCUUUAUCUCAUAGAAACAGCGCUGCAAGGGCGGAAGGCACAGAGCAUGGGAAUAUUUAGCAGUGGAGACAGCAGAGAAAUCAACUUACUCCAAGGCUAUAAAAUUGGAAUUAAAAAUUUACUGAGGCCUGAAGUGAGAGACUUCUGGGAGAAAUUAGGAAGCUAUGUGGCCACCGAAGAGGAAGGGGGACAUGUAGACUUCUUUGUGCCACUGGGAGCAUCAGAGGCAGGCGUAGAAGUUCUUUCUCAGCUGUCUCAACUAACUGGCACAUUCUUCUCCGCUCCCACUGGAAUUGCGACUGGUUCUUACCAACACAUUUUUAGUGACUGGCUGGGGCCACAGCGGGACUGGGCUCCUCCUUCCAUCUACUUUAUCGAGUCCAAGCUGCAGGUGUGGUCCAGCUUCACAGAGUUUUUGGAAGACUCCUUGAAAUCAGUGAGGAAAGAGUUAAAUCCGCUCUUCAAGGACUUGCAGAAGAGCGUCAGCGGCCGGAUGAUAGGGCAAUUUAUGUUUGAAACUCUGAGUAUGGCCAACAUUCUGAAUAACCAAGACAUUGCACAAGCUCUGGCUGACGGAUUGAUGGCGCUGUCUAAAGAAGAUUCUGAAAGAAAUGCCAUAGAAGACAAUUCUCAGGACACAAAGUCAAGUCUAAGCCAAAGUGAUCUGGAUGUUGAAGUGCUAGUUAAGCUGGAAAGAAAACUCCAGAUGGACUCAGACAGGCGAACCCGAGUUGUGAGGGAAUUGUUAGAGAGCGAGAGGCAGUACGUGCAGGUGCUGGGAAUCGUGAGGGAUGUGUACGCCAGGCCCCUAAGAGCAGCACUGUCGUCAAACAGAGCCAUUCUGAGCGCCGCCAACAUCCACAUCAUUUUCUCCGAUACUCUGCGGAUCUUAAAUCUCAACAGAGAGUUUCUGGAUAACUUGAGAGACAGACUACAAGAAUGGGGCCCAGCCCACUGUGUGGGAGAAAUAUUCAUAAAAUUUGGAAGCCAGUUGAACAUAUAUACCAAUUUCUUCAACAAUUACUCUGUUGUUCUGAAAACCAUUGAGAAGUGCAGAGAAAUGACACCAGCAUUCAGAGCUUUCCUGAAGAGGCAUGAUAAGACCAUUGUUACUAAAAUGCUCAGCCUUCCAGACCUGCUUCUGUACCCAUCCCGGAGAUUUGAAGAAUACAUUAAUCUCCUCUCUGCUCUGAGGCUCCAUACUCCUGCAGGGCAUGCAGACCGUGGGGACCUGAGCACUGCAGUCGAUCAAAUCAAAAAAUAUAAAGGCUAUAUAGAUAAGAUAAAGGAGAACAUCAAAAUGAAAGAGCAGCUGUUGGAUCUACAGACCAAGGUCUGGGGGUGCCCUCCUCUAUCAGAAGUGAACAGAUAUCUGAUUAGGAGCCAAGAUGUAGCUCAACUUCACUGCUGUGAUGAGGAAAUGGAUUUCUCUUUAAGGCUCUAUGAACAGAUCUGUGACCUCAGCUUCUUCCUCUUCAAUGAUGCACUGCUCGUUUCCAGUAGAAGCAUUUCUCAUACUCCAUUUGAAAGGACUUCAAAAACAACCUACCAGUUCAUCGCAUCAGUGGCCCUCCCCAGGUUACUCAUAGAAGAUAUCCCAGAUUCCAAGUAUGUCAAGAAUGCAUUCAUUCUUCAGGGUCCAAAACAUGAAUGGAUUUGUGCUACUGAGGUGGCGGAUGACAAAUUCCUGUGGUUGUCGGUGCUCCAACAGGCCAUAAGAAGUAGUGUGGGGAAGUGACCAGACUUGAAAAAGACAUGAGGGUCCUCGGAAAGUUGGCUAGCACAGUCUCUGCUUCAGAAGACCCAGUAGGGAACACAUGGCUAUCUGUCAUGGACGAUGGGAUGGAGGAGCUGGGACAACCCAUCAGAAUGAGUCUGAAACUCUGAACCACAUCUUUUGGGAGCUAUUGCUCAUGGAUAUUAUUUAAAAUAAUCUGAUGUAAGUUAUAAGACAGAAAUGAUAUUAUAUAGGUUUAAAAAAAUGAUUAGUGAAAAACCAGAAUGAAAAAAAUGUUUCUUAAAUAAGCAUUUUAGAAACGUAUUUGAAUUUGUUCAUGAGUUAUCAGCUUCAAAAUUUUCAUGAAGCAAUUGCUAAUUUCAAUAAAUAUAAAUGGUAGCUUCU